UUCCAGGGCCCCGGAAGAACAAUGUACCGUGUACUUCCGGAACGCCGUGCCGUGCACGUGACCUAUGUUACGCCUUGCUGCCUUAACAGUUGGUGCCUGCUUCGAAAUCCAGCCAACAGGCGAGGUUUAGCUCCAUCAGUCUCGAGCCUUCCAUUCGAGAGGCUGUGAAAUCACCGCAGCUGCCUCCUGCCUUCUCGCCAUAAACCCAAAACUGCCCACUCUCUUCUUCCCUUCUUCAUACAGCUUGUCUUUCAAGCAUCUGCAUUCACUGUUGAACACCAAAAUCCGCUACACUAGUCGACUCAAGCUACGCUGGUGCUAGAUCACCUUGACGGGAUCAGGCCCUGGUACUCAUUAGGACCUGAAGAACAACUUCACUUGGGACGCCGAUCAAACGCCACCAUUCCAUCACAGGUACAGACCGACGGUGAAGGCAAGCUGGGGAAACGAAAGCUGUCCAACGCGGACAACCCCCAACCACUGAAGAGAACGAUGACGGACUCCAAGGACGUCGAUAUGGAGACCAAGAUGCAGGUGGACGAGUCGGUGGUCGGGCACAACGAGAUCGAUGAGUCGCUGUACAGCAGACAACUAUACGUGCUAGGACAUGAGGCUAUGAAACGCAUGGGAGCUUCAAAUGUCCUCAUUGUUGGGCUGAAGGGUCUUGGUGUUGAGAUCGCAAAGAAUAUCGCGCUCGCCGGUGUCAAGAGUCUCACCCUCUACGACCCCGCCCCCGCCACUAUCGCCGACCUCUCCUCACAAUUCUUCCUCCACAAGGAAGAUAUUGGCAAGCCUAGAGCUGCCGUUACUGUCUCCCGUGUCGGUGAGCUCAAUGCAUACACACCCGUCACUGUUCAUGAGUCAACAAGCCUGACUUCGAACCUCUCUCAAUUCGACAAGUACCAAGUCGUUGUCCUUACCAAUACCCCCAUUAAAGACCAAAUUAUCAUUGGAGAUUACCUGCAUUCAAAGGGAAUAUACUUGGUGGUAGCGGACACUUUCGGGCUGUUCGGAUCUAUAUUCUGCGACUUUGGCAAGAACUUCACGGUUAUCGACCCAACAGGCGAAGCCCCAGUCAGCGGAAUUGUUGCCGAUAUUGAUGAGGAGGGUCUGGUAUCUGCUCUGGACGAAACCAGACACGGUCUCGAAGAUGGGGACUUUGUUACCUUUACUGAGCUGGUGGGAAUGGAAGCCCUGAACUCGGCGGAACCACGGAAAGUCGCUGUGAAGGGCCCAUAUACCUUCUCUAUCGGUGAUGUUACCGGACUCGGCCAAUAUAAGAAGGGUGGUAUAUACACGCAAGUCAAGAUGCCCAAGUUCAUUGACUUUAAGCCGAUCUCUGCCUCGCUCAAGAACCCGGAAUUUCUAGUCUCCGACUAUGCCAAAUUCGACCGUCCAAUGCAGCUUCACGUUGGUUUCCAAGCGCUGCAUGCUUUUGUCGAGUCACAUGGCCGUCUUCCCAGACCAAUGAACCUGGAAGAUGCGGCCAUUGUGUACGGCUCUGCCAAGGCAUUUGCCGGACAAGAAAAAUUGGAGGUCGAGAUCGAUGAGAAACUGUUGCACGAGCUAAGUUUCCAGGCUCUCGGUGACUUAAGUCCAAUGGCGGCUUUCUUCGGUGGUCUUGCCGCCCAAGAAGUCCUCAAGGCUGUAUCUGGAAAGUUCUCGCCAAUCACUCAAUGGCUGUACUUUGAUUCUUUAGAAUCUCUGCCUGACAAUUCUCCAAGAACUGAGGAGUUGUGCCAACCCCUGAACUCGAGAUAUGAUGGCCAAAUUGUUGUCUUUGGUCGAGAAUUCCAGGAGAAGUUGUCAAACAUCAACGAGUUCCUGGUUGGUGCUGGUGCUAUUGGUUGCGAAAUGCUGAAGAACUGGGCUAUGAUUGGGCUUGCUACUGGGCCAAAGGGGAAGAUUAGCGUGACGGAUAUGGAUUCGAUCGAGAAGAGCAAUCUGAACCGACAAUUCCUUUUCCGACCAAAGGAUGUUGGACAGCUAAAGAGCGAGUGUGCUGCUGCGGCUGUUCAAGCGAUGAACCCAGACCUUAAGGGCCAUAUCGUGACGAUGCGAGACCGUGUAGGGCAGGAUACGGAGCAUGUUUUCGAUGAGAAGUUCUGGAGUUCAUUGGACGGUGUUACAAACGCACUAGAUAAUGUUGACGCUCGAACAUACGUUGAUCGUCGAUGCGUCUUCUUCCGAAAGCCAUUGCUGGAGAGCGGUACGUUGGGAACCAAGGGCAACACUCAAGUCAUCAUCCCUCAUCUUACCGAAUCCUACUCCAGCUCGCAAGAUCCACCGGAGCAAUCCUUCCCUAUGUGUACACUGAGGAGUUUUCCCAACAAGAUCGAGCACACCAUCGCCUGGGCUCGUGAGUUGUUCGAGGGAUACUUCGUCAAGCCCGCCGAGACCGUCAACCUGUAUCUGAGCCAACCAAAUUAUAUCGAGUCGACUCUGAAGCAGGGAGGAAACGAAAAGGCCACACUUGAGAUGAUUCGAGACUUUUUGGUUGAGGAUAAGCCUCUCAGCGUUGAGGACUGCAUCAAGUGGGCACGUAUCCAAUUCGAAAAGCAAUACAACAACGCAAUCCAACAACUGCUGUACAACUUCCCUAAGGAUUCGGUCUCGUCGAGUGGACAGCCAUUUUGGUCCGGACCCAAGCGUGCCCCAGACCCAUUGAAGUUCGAUCCGAAGAAUGAGAUGCACUGGACGUUUGUGGUUGCAGGAGCCAACCUCCACGCUUUCAAUUAUGGUAUCAACGCCAAGGAUAUGGACGAAAGUACAAUUCACAAGGUCUUGGAGAAUAUGAUCAUCCCUGACUUUUCGCCAAAUUCUUCCGUCAAGAUCCAGGCAGAUGACAGCGAGCCUGACCCAAAUGCCGGGGCAGGUGGAUUCGACGACAAUGAUGAACUUCAGGCUAUUACCGAUAAGCUUCCACCACCAAAGCAAUUAGCAGGCUUCAAGCUUCAGCCAGUUGAGUUUGAGAAAGACGAUGAUACGAAUUAUCACAUCGACUUCAUUACGGCAGCAAGCAAUCUCCGUGCUGAAAACUACAAGAUUGAGUUGGCGGACAGACACAAGACAAAGUUCAUUGCUGGAAAGAUUAUCCCGGCAAUUGCAACAACCACUGCCCUCGUCACUGGCCUUGUCAUUCUUGAGUUCUACAAGAUCGCCGAUGGCAAAAAUAAGGUCGAACAUUUCAAGAAUGGUUUCGUCAAUCUCGCACUGCCAUUCUUCGGCUUCUCCGAGCCCAUCGAGAGCGAGAAGGCUGUCUAUAAGAGCAAGAACGGCGAGGUAGCAAUCGACAAAUUAUGGGACCGUUUCGAGGUCGACAACUUCACAUUGCAGGAGCUCAUCGACCACUUCGAGGAGAAGGGUCUUACGAUCACUAUGCUCAGCUCCGGUGUCUCCCUCCUCUACGCCAACUUUUUCGGCCCUGCGAAACUCAAAGAUCGUUAUGCGAUGAAGCUGAGCGAUCUGGUGGCUCAUAUCUCGAAGAAGCCGAUCCCGGAUCAUCAGAAGAAUGUUAUCUUUGAGAUUUGUGCGGAGGAUCAGACGGGCGAGGAUGUGGAAGUUCCUUAUAUCAUGAUGAAGAUGGGAAACUAGAUGAUUUAGUGAUGUGCACAAAUGAUGAUGGAUGAAGAAAUGAAUUGGUGUUUAUUGAAAGCGUGGUAUGGAGGCUUCGGCGGCUAGAUAGAGAAAGAAAAGAACCCCACUUGCGUUCCAUUUUCAUUACAAAAUAGAAAGUCAAUGAAUCGAAUGCGUUCUUUCCACCCCUUAGUUGAUACUAUUGUUGAGUGGC